GAGGCUGCCUCUUAUUCAGAACCAGCGAUCAAUGUUUAAUAAGGUUGCCUCAUAUAUAACGAAACAAAAUUAUUAAGUUAAGUAAAAUUUUCAAAAGAUCUCCUUACUUCUUAGCAUUCUGUGUAAAAUAUGCUAUUAUUGUAUAUAACAAAUGAAAAACAUCAAAAAUUAAGACGUAUUUACAUAAUACAACGAAAAAUACAAAACAAAAUCUUAAAACUAGUAUCCAAAACGAAGUAAAUCAACAUUUAUUUGUGUUUAAAUAAAAUUACUAAAAGAAUCCACCAAUAUUUACUUAACAUCGACAGCCCUGAAUCUCGGCUCGACCUGAAUGCGCAAAGGCUCACUCUCCGUCGAGCUUCCCUCCGGAAAAGUGCGCGUUUUCCCUCCGUCAUCCGUCAUAGCUGUACCUCAAUAUACUUUUGUUUCCAACCCCAGCCUUUAACGUAAACAGUGCUCUUCAAACAAUAUGACCACUAAUGACAAAUACAUAGAAUGAAAUCAAAAGAUAUGACAGAAGAUGAGUGCAACGGUGAGGAGGUGAUUCCCAUACCAGUUCAAAUAUUUCUAUGGAGACAGACCACACCUUUUGUUCGACCACGUCUUGGAAAAUUACAUGACUCUUCAUGCAUGUUCUGUCAACGCGCUCCAGGACAUCAUGAACUGAAGGAAGCUUGUAAGUCGUUCGAAAAAGUACUAGUUCAAAAUUUGAGAUUAGGUCUCUCAAGCAGUCUCACUGAGGCUAUUGAAUCAAUACCACGAUGGCGCCUCAUACAAGCAGCACUGCCUCAUGUCAUGCAUUCCUUGGCAUCAGUGCUUCACACAAGAGUAAAGGACAAUAUGCAGUCACUUGGAAAUGUGGAAACAAAGCUGUUGUAUACUCUUCACUGGAUCCUUCUCGAUGCUUCCGAUGAAUGUGCUGACAAUGACUAUGAAAAUGGCGUAUUUUAUUCAAACCCAUUUCACUAUUUGUUUUCAGUACCAACAAUGACGCUAUUUGUAUUUCUGUUUGCACCACUUUCGCACCACCUGAAAGAAUCAGACUUCACCAAUAACUAUCGCUUAGAAAAUGGUCUAAAGAUGUGGCAAGCGAUGUGGGAAUUUCGGCAUCCUGAUGCGCCUUGUUUUACAACACUUGUGAAACCAAAACCGAAGCCUUUGGGUGGAAAAUAUUCGAAAAGGCCACAACACAGCGACGUAUUUCUUGGAAGGAAAUUUUCAAAAGAAGAAGGCACGGUCAAUGGUAGUCCACCAAGUCAGAAUGUAUCCCUAUCACAGUCGGAUGUGCCAUCCAAACAAGCCAGCACUGAGGAGGAGCCGUGGCUAUCAUCACCUAAAGAAACUAUUUUUCCAGAAACAAUACCCGAAGAGAGUUCGAGCACCGAAGAAGAACAUGUGUUUAUAUACCGACUUCCCUCCGAACAAAAUUUUGGUGGUUCCGUGAAAGAGGCGUAUACAGUUUACGCAGCCGAUCCAAGCAUUUUCCAAUUUCGAAGAACGGACACGUCUAAGCAGUCGUUACCAGGGAUAAAACCACUGCCUCAAAUAACUAAGAUGAGCUCAUCAGACAAAGAGUCUCUUUCUGACAGUGGAGGUCCUGGCCCAAAGGAUACAUCAACAACAGCAGAAAAGCCGCAACCAACAAAAAAAGUACAUCUAUCUGCCGCUACAUUUUUAGACAUAGCCACGUUGCGAUGCCUGUUUACUUCGCAAUGGCAAGAGGAAGGCGUAUAUUGGGCGCUGCAUUACCUGUAUAACCGGCUCCGGGACAUAUGUGACGACAUGUCCAAACAGACUCAACCACGUAAAAGAAGCAAUUCUCUUCCGAUACCGAAAAUAGAAGUAUCAGUUUACCAAAGUCCGGACGUAAAAGAGCGAGAUUCCUUGAAGAAUUUCAUAGAAGUCCCCGAACCUAAGGACAUAUCGCCAGUAACGGAGCUACCGUUUCCGGUACAGCCAAGAGUCGAGGAAGAAAACGUUAUGAGCCGGAGGUCGAGUGAAAAGAUAAAGCGUAAAAUGAAAAUGGCCGAUCUGAAAGCGUUUGUCGAAACAAAAUUGCUCUCGAAGUCCGAAAAGGCGUUAGAGAAAAUCGGACAGGAAGAUCAAAAGUUCACGUUUCACACAGCCGUGAGGAUGAUAUCUGAGUACCACAGGAGCUUGGACAACGCAGACGACAGGCCCAAUUCCGCUUUGGCCAGCAAUUUCCCUCGAGCCGGUCCGCGCCUUACCGGCGAUAUGUUUCCGUGCAAUCUCAUCAAAGGGAAAAGUAUGCCGAGUCUGAGCUGUUUGAUUGAUGAGCUAGCGUCGAACGGAUAUAUCGGUGAAGUGAAAACUGAACGCGCUCAAGGCCCGUCGAACACAGUACCCUCUAACGUGCAAAAAAAGAAAAAUCCCAUAAUAACAGUUACGGAACACACACCAACACCAUCUCCCGAUUAUUUGUCGAAAACACAACAGGGCUCGAUGGAAUCUCAAAUAGAUUCGGUAAGUAUGCAAGGAUCUCAACACAUACCGACGCCUGAACGUAAGCCCAGUUUGACGAGAUCUCAGACGGAUUCGAACAUCACUUACAUAGUUGAAGAAAUACAGGAGGCGCCCGGAUCUGUGAACUACAUCACUAAAGAGGGCGACAUUAAUUUCCAAGUUGUAUUGAAAGCCAUUCAUUCCGUAUCGACGCUGGACAGCUAUUACAUAACGCUUCGAGUAAUGGAGGUGAUGCUAAACUUGGUUGACACGUUGAUGGAAAUCGGUGUUCAUAAAAACUGGCAAAGCAAUACUCCUGAUGACCCGCAGCCCGGGACAGUCGAUCCGAUGUCGGACUUCAACAAAGAGAAGGAGAAUAAGGAGAGGGAUUCCGGUAUACCUUGCGCACACAGUCAAGAGUCGACGAACGUAGAAGGAGGUGAAAGUGCUAAAGAACGGGCAAAGGAAGAAGAGAACCUAGAUUGUCCAUAUUUCAUGAUAAUGCAAAUAAUUUUAAGGAUACUUCGUCAAUUGGGAUGUUCGCACGGCUGCACCACGGCGCUGCGCGGUCCGCAAGCCGAAUGUCUCCGUGUUCAGGCCCGCAACUCGCUCCGUCAGCUUCGAGCGGCCUCGAUACCAAAAUUUACGAUCCGACUAAAGGAUAUGACAAAAUUCUCCCCGAUCAGAGAAGUCCUGGACAAUCUACAUGCCGCUAUAGGGUUCUGCGCUGAACCAUCAGCAAUGGUUUCGCCGAUGAAUCAACAAAAGCGAAACUACGCGAAGUCGCCGGACAUCGCUCAACUACAAAACGAUUAUGCGACGAAUUUCGGCCAAGGGCAAGGUCCAAACAGAGCCAUUGAGAUCUUCAUCAUAGAGGCUACCUUUAGAGUGCUCGUCACUAGAUUUGCAAUGAUGCACAAGGAGUUAAAGAAUCUAGAUAAUUCGACAUUAUACAUGGAAGUGCGUCUACUUUUGAGUUAUGUGAGAGAAGCCCACGGCACCGAGUAUCGUGUGGUGGCCUUCAGCGCUUUGCUCGACACGGCAGAGAGACCAGACAAUCAACAAAAGGACUCCAAUAUGCAGACCACUAGAGUUAUACGACAUAUCUCUCGUGCGUCUGAAGAAGAGCGCGGUUCGGAUACAGGCGCGGACUCGGGUUGCGCUGCCGACGAGCGGCUACAUAAGAAGUUCACCUUCAAGAAACGAAGCACGUCAUCUACCGGCGCACAUAGCCUUCUCGACACGGAAGGAGGCGACGAGUCCGCUAGUCAGUCGCCACUGUCCACCCGCACCCGCCGCUACCAGCUGACUCCUCGACACUCAGAACGCACUAUACCGGCCACCUCCUCAGCCGACAUCACGCCUCAUCACAAAAUUCACCAUUCGAAAUCCAUACCAUCCAAAUUUCACAUCAGUGGAAUCGUGAACUGGUUCCGUCAGAAGCCACAGUCUCAAGCGAAUCUCAUACGCAACGGAGCGGGUUCGGGGGAGUCGCUGCCGAUAUCGGGCAGCAUGGUGUCCCUGGCGCGCCCCGUGCACGUCGCGCAGCCGCACGUCAGCCGCCCCGUGCACGUCAAGCGCAGGGUCGGAUACACUUUGAACAGGGCUCGGAAACGUGUCGAAGAUCGCUUGAACAGGUUCGGUCUCCGAAAAAUGGGGAAGAAAAGAGACGGCAGUAUUGAAGAGAGCAGUGGAGGAUACAUGUCACGAAGAUGCUCAGCGGAAGGCGGGUCGGGUGGUGGUGAGUCUGAAGUGGUGGUGCUGAAGCGGAGACGUCUGGUGGCGGCGGCGCCCCUGUACGCGGGGCUGGCGCGGUUCAGCUUCAUGCUGGACGCCACGCAGCCGGGGGCCACGCCCGACGCGCUUUUCAUGGCCGCACUCUUAGAUUUACCACACACAGCGGUCGUAGGAAGAGCAGCUAUUAUGUUAGAAUGUGCUCAUUUAGUACACAACUGUAACAAAGGGCAAUGGCCGUAUUGGCUGAAAUCUAACGUGAAGGGAGCAACUUCAUUAAGCCCCCAACUCAGAAGACAACGGCUCGCUGGUAAACUUUUCUAUCAAUGGGCUGAAGCUAUAGGAAACCGACUUGAAGAGAUGUUGAUUGAGGACAAGAAACACAUCGAAACUGUCGUUAAUUUGGUAAACGACCCGGAUGGACAGCGCGAGCUUCUGCAGCAAGACGAGGAAGAAGACUUUCUAGACGAAGCCAGUAUUCGUUUGCCUGGAAAACCGAUUGGCGCCGAUUGCCCUCGAGCGCUAAGAAUCGUAGCCUGUGUGCUGUUGUUCGAAAUCACUGCCUUUCUUCGCGAGACUUACCAAAGCUUGCCCAAGACAUUCCGAUCGUCUUUGAAAGAAAGAGGACCUUGGGACAGAGUCUACAGGGAAGCGAAUCGUCGAUGGAGUAUGGCUUUAUCGAGCAUGGGACACUCACAAGCGUCCGCACAAAGCCUCCAGUCGAUUGCAGGAGCUGAGACUGAAAGGAAAAUAUCUUUUGUUCUACAUGAACCCGAAAAUGUCUCUGGAGGCAGUAAUGUCACUUUGGCAGAUGCCAUACCACCGAUACAGGAUGAGAAACGAGGGAAACUAGGGUCGAGGGGGAAGGGGGGAAUGCAUCGUCGCAACACACAGCAGGCGCAUUCCGCCUACGGAUCCUUCAAGAGACGCUCUAUCAAACUGAGGCAGAAGGACAACAGGGAGGUCGAUGAAUUUAUCACAAGAAGAUCAGAUUCCAUACAAAGCAAACGUAAAGUAUCGUCUCUCUCAGACCGGAGCGACACUUCAGAAGUCUAUCCAGGAGCUGGAGGUACUGUAAUAAUGCCCAACGAAGUGGAUAGCGGUGGUGAAGAAAGUCCCGGGGUGUUAUCUGAUGAUCACGAUCACCCGCCCGACAGUCCCGACAGCAACUCCACUGAUCCCCCGGAUACUAACAAGGGCUUCCCCUGGCUUAAGGUGAUGGUGAAAUUUUUGAAUUCCUUCAAUUACGUUUGCUGCCAUCAAAACUUCUGCCACCCGUAUUGUUUCCGGCGCAACAUGCGAGCGAGUACGAGACUUAUGAAGUCAGUACUUAAGAUUUACGGAGAGAAGUUUGGUCCAGAACAAAACGCGGCAAGUUCUGAAGAAUGUGUCGGCGAAGCUCGUCGUGGUAGACGAACACGGAAACCAUCCGAACAUUGCACUGAUAGGAUUGACAGAUCGGUAAUAGAGAGCGCUGGUCUCGCGUACAGAGCGGCGGGGGGCGAGCACGCGCUCCCGCACGCAGACGCGCCGCCCGCCGCCAAGCCAGGAGCUGUGCCCUAUCCCCCUGGCGACCCCCCAGCCAUACUGAAGUAUCUCAAGGGGCAGGUUCGUGAAGCGUAUCACACUCCACUUGCAACGCUAAUCAAAGGAGCGACCACGAUGAGUGAAGAAAUGUUCGCCGAAUCAGCUCGAGUGGCUUGGCAGCUGCUGUUAGAGUCGGACAGGGAACUGAGCUCGUGUGCGGCGGCGCUUUUUAUAUUGGCGGCCGUGAAAGCCCCUCAAGUUGCCACCGAGAUAAUGCAUAAUGAUCUGAAGCACACCGAACCGGGGAUAAGGAUCAACGCUAUUCUAAGGUUCCAAGUAAUAUGGAAACUCCGUUAUCAAGUCUGGCCUCGUAUGGAAGAAGGAGCGUCCAUGACGUUUAAAGUUCCACCACCCGGCAUCGAGUUUACACUGCCUUCGCCGAAGAUCGGUAUAGAGUCUUUAGCCGUUGUUGACCCACCAUGGAGUCCACUCGUCAAAGACAAGGAUAUGGAGAUGACGCUAAAUCAAGAAAGACAUCGUUCGUUAGUAACAGCAACGAAAACGCGCAAGAAACAACAGACCGAAGCGAUGAAACUGGCACUACAGCAACAGAACGACAAGAAACGCGCCGAAAGAGAGAGCUUCCUCAUCACCACCAUACCCAUCACGAGACAGGCCGCCAGGGAACCGGCUCUGGAUCACGCGGCUGAUGAUCAUAUUGAACCACCAGCCGACGAAGAGAUAGUAGAAGGCGUGCGGGGCACUCACCACACUCAAGCGGCGUCAGCUCUGUUCCCUUCUACUCUGUGCUCGGCGGUGGCGGAGAUAGUUGCAUUGUUGGACGACGCGGCUGUGUCCAGAGAUGGAUGCUCCGUGUAUGAAGUUGCUUAUCAGGUGAUCUGGUGUUGUCUAGUGGAGGACUCUGCUUUAUUCCUCCGUCAUGUCCUCGAACGUCUAACGAGAGAUCACCAGGACGAGAUGUUCAAACUGCUCCGGCACCUGAUAAGAUUCAUACCGCGCCUGCCGCAACAGGCGGCUUUCGCUCUCUAUAACUACAUCAUUGGCUACGUCAUGUUUUACGUGAGGAGUCCGCACGAGGAGGGACAGAGGCUGGUCGGUGCCGCGCUAUCUAUAUUAUGGAUGGUAGUACACAGCGUGCAUGGUAUAAUGUUUAAGGAUUUGAAGCAAAUCUUACGUAAAGAACAAUGUGACGCAUCCAUAUUGCUAACGGCGAACGUGCCAGCUGCCAAGAAGAUUAUUGUUCAUGGUCCAUCUGAUAACGAAGGAAGCAUCCCAUCACAAUUUCCUGUCCAAGAGGAUACAGUGUUUGCUCAAAUUUUGAAAGAAUCCUUAGACUUCUUCAGUAUACCAGAAAAAUUGCACAAGGAACACUUUCUUGUUGAUUUCAAAACGCGUCAAAUCCACAACCCUCAGAAUUACGUGCGUGAUCACUAUUUCUUCAAACGUUCGCAAUAUCCUCAGCUAGGCCUAGUCCACAUGGAACCCGAGGAGGCGUUCAACAAACUGCAACAGCAAGAAUUGCUUCUCAAGUUCAUAGAAAUAGGAAAAGUUUUGCUCACUUGGGCGAUUCUCAAAAAUGUUGAUAUGGUGGUACAGAGAGUGGUAUUCUUGCACGACGAACUUAUGAAACUACCCUCGUUUCCUCGCAAAGCACUCGAAGCCGAUCUAACGUUGUACAGUCGGGGACACCUUGGCACCACUUUAUUGGGACUCGAUGUAUUACACAAAUUUAUGUGGGUUCGUUUGAUCGCACGCAUGUUCGAAGCGAUGGCCGGAAACUUCACGUCUUCACGCGACAUACAUUUGUUUUUGAACGUAUUGAACGGUGCAUUAAUGCUUCACAGUGAAGACGCAUUAAUAUUAAGAUACGUUAUUGCUACGUACGUAAACGCUGCAUCGAACUUCAAAAGUAUAUUCUCAACAAAUGGGUAUUUACUGAUCAUGCCAACACUACUUCAAAUCUAUUCAAAUUUUCAAACAAACAAACUUGUAACAACUACAAUUGAAUACGCAGUGAAACAAUUUUACUUAUUGAAUAGAAAACCAUUUAUACUACAAAUGUUCGGAUCAGUGUCGGCCAUAUUGGAUACUGAUGAAGAAUCUAUUUACGGGGACGCAAGCAAAGUGCAGUCCAGUUGUUUGUUCAACUUGCUUCUCAGCUUAGAAACGCCGUCCCCGGAUCCACUACACAUAGCCGAACUAAUCAAAGAGGACAAACCUUUGAAACCAAUAGAUUUUUGCUACCGUGACGAAGAGGAGAUGGUCAACGUACUGGACUGCAUCAGUUUGUGUGUGAUGGUCGUAUCAUAUUCAGCCGAGAGUUUCAGAGGGUAUCAAAUGUUGAUAAUACUGGAAGCAAUAUUGCCUUGCUACGUCAAGCAAAUAGAGUCUCCCACUUAUAACAGAGAAGGUAAAACGGAGAAAGAGAUUAUUCAACAGCUCGCCAUUGCCAUUAAAACUCUGGUCAACAACUGCGAGGGAUUAUCCAAAUCGUACAAUGGGCCGUAUCGGACAUCGCCCGAACAUAAGGGUUCGUCCCAGAGAGCCGGUCAACGUACCACGGCCGCCACGAUCAUAGCUUUUGAAGAAUCGCAUUCAAAAUUCGACAACUCCAAGCUGCCAGUGCAAGAAUACACUGGUACCGAAGACUCGGAACUGGUGCGCGCAGAAUACCGUCGUCCUAGAGACGUGCUGUUGUCGUUGGUCGGCAACUUCAUAGGGCACGCCACCGCGCGCCUCAUUGAACUGAACGGGUCCAAGGGCAGCGGCGGCAGCGAGGGCAAACCCGUCGAACUCUUGGACUGCAAGUCACACGCUCGCUUAGCCGAGAUAGCCCACUCCCUGCUGAAGGUGUCGCCGUACGACCCCGAGUCGAUGGGCUGCCGCGGGCUGCAGCGGUACAUGAUGGACGUGCUGCCCGCCGCCGACUGGGAGAACGACGCGCUGCGGCCCGCGCUCAACAUGAUCCUGCGCCGGCUCGAUAAGGUCUUCCUGAAGAUCGCCAAGAAACCGAGCAUACGGAGGAAUACAGCAUGGGAUUCAGCAGCGACAUUACUGAAAGGCGUGUACGAAACGAUGACGCGAUGCACGUACAUAAUGCAGUGGCCACAAGUGAAGACUCUCCUCAAUACGAUCCAAGCGUUGAUAGUGUCGGAUAACAACAGCGGCGAGAACUUGUCUUCCGCGACUGCCGCGCUGAUGUCUCAGCCGCCACCUCCACACUUUUGCAGCACCGUCGUCCGACUAAUUGCACUGCAAGUCAUUAACACCGGGGAUAGCUACUCUUUAGAACAAAUGUGUGGUGGCAGCGCGAUAUUUCCUACAGCCGAGAAAACGGAGAAUAUGCUUAUGAAUCUAUUCAUGCCUCUGUGCUUAAGAGUCGGCAGUGGGAGAAAAGACGUUCCUCCGUUGCGGCAGUCGGACGUGAGCUACUUGGUGUCGGUGGUGCUGAACGCGCUGUGCCCGCCGGCGCCGCCCGGGCAGCUCGCGGCCGUCAACGCCAAACUGAACGCGUCCGACGCGCGCGUCAACUCGCUCACCUUCACCGGCAGCAGGGACACCAGGAACACGACCAGGCUGUCCAACCAACUCUACCGGAUCGCGUUCCUAGCGUUGAAGGUGUUGUGCGCGUGCUUCACGAGCGAGCUGUGCUCGGAGUGGGGGAGGAUAGCGCGCGCCAUGCGGGAGCUCGGCCGCCGGAACGAGGCAGCGCAUCACUUGUGGGACUUCCUCGAGCACGUGGUCACCUACCGCACGCCGCUCUACAUACUGCUACAGCCCUUCAUCGUGCACAAAUUGUCCCAGCCGCCGAUCGGCGACAACGAGCGUCACAUGCAGUUCGUGGUCCGCGAGCGCGUCCGCGGCCUCAAGCUGCCCGCGGCCCGCGCGCGCGGCGCCCUACUCGCGGAACUCGCACGGGAACUCCGCAACAUGAGAGAGACACACGACCAGUUUAAAUUCGAACAAAUAGCUGAAAAUCUUGGACAAGCGGGGGGUAAGCGCGCGUCUGAAGUGUUCCCGCGGCCUCCAAACAUGUCGGACAAACAUCAACAGCACCGGCCCUCGUUGAUCUCCAUGCUGGUGGGGCGGACCGGCGCGAGCAUUCCGCGCACCCCCGACCAUCCCUCGGCACCCCUAUCUGCCCAAAGAGCAGCUUUUGUAUAUUCAGAGUCACUGUCGAGCAGUUCAACGACCAGCCAACAGAUGCCCACUUUCGACGUGCCUCUGAUCAGUGGACGACUCAAUGACAACGGCACGAACAACACGAGCAGCAUCAACUCUAAUAUAGGUUCGCUGAACAAUUACGGCAGCGAUACAAAGCUCGCGGUGAGCACACCGUCGUACACGAGCGCACCCGCCAAGUUACGGUUCGUUCCUUCCGUCGAGCUGAAGUUCACGUCGGAGCAAGGCGAAGGGUCCAGGCCGUUCUCGCCGCUGUCGCCCGGAGACACGUCGUGCGGGGAAGCGCGGGGAGGAGGAGGCACGGACAGCCCUGACGACCGGCCUCGUCUGCAACGGGCCCACGGGCCUUCAAAGAAAACAUUCAAGUUCCGCCGCAGCCGACACACCAAGCCGGACCAGGCUCGUCUGGAAUCUGACGAAGGUUCAUCUCCCGGCGAGGGGAGACGGCUGAGCGUUGCGCCGUUACUGCAAGCCCAACCAUUUCCGGAUACGUCGUGUGACAGUGAACCUUCGCAAACUUCCUCUACGUCCGGAUACAGGCAUUCCAGGGAGAGCUACAGCCUGCAGGCCAGCAUGGCGGAGUCCCCGGGCGGCACGUGCCGAGCGGCGCCCCGCAGCGCCAGCACCACGCCGCACGCCAGCCCCGACGGUAAUCUCCCCUUUCAUCUCUAAGUUAUGAAUCUGGAACAUCAUCCGCUGAACGUACCGCGCUACUCGGAGCUGCUAGCCAGCGUUCCCUUUUGCUAAGUGGCGACUUAAGAGAUGAAGAUACUUUACUUUAAAUUCAUAAAAAAACAGAUCAUCAUAGUCAUUGUAGUAUAAACUAUAAAGCAAAACAAUAGACAUUUGCACUUUAACUAUAAACAAUAUAAAAUAGUAUAAAGUAAAAAAAAGUGUGACGGUGUUAGUAAGCGCCACUGAGCAAGUAAUCACUACGUUAUAAGCGCCUGAUUUACCUUAGAGCGAGCAGAAGUAUAGUCAUAUUUUACUGGCAAACACUCCUUCAGACAGCUCACAUUUAGGCGCCCUGGCUUUUAAAGCCGAACUGCUAAAGCCUGAAGUUCCACCAAAGCAGUUAAGCCUAAGCAUAGGACUUUAAACGAUAAGUGUAUCCUACUUAUCUGUUGAUACAGAAUUGCCAACUGAUCACUUCAAACCAUUACAGCAACAUCUGUCAUUUGCCAGUGGAAUUAUGACAAAUUUUCUGCUGUAUUUGUACCUUAACUUCAUUUGAACCAUUUCAUUUUAGUGCUAUUAUGACUUAAUUAUAUAUUGAAAAAAAACUGCACAAGCAGACUGUGAGCUUGUCGGCACACCUAUGCUACCAGUGAAGUGACCUAAUGGUCUGGCUAUCUACAUUAAAAAUAAAAUGUAUCAUGUAAUCAAUUUAAUAGUUUUAUUUGAUGUCAUGACAAUAUAACAUUAGUUUUGAAAGAA